GAUGCAUUUGUGUGUAUACUUAUACGUAAUACGUAAAUAUAUAUUUAUAUUUUAUUUUAAAGGAAAUAUAUUUAAUUUCUUCAUAACUGAUAUUUGCUGCACGAAUACAUAUACAAAAACCUAAGAACUUCCUCAAAAUGUCAGUGUACCUUUUAUGUUAACAUCAACCGGAUAAACGAAGAGGGGCCACAUCAUCUAUGAACGUUGGGGCCACAUAGACCUUGCUUUCACUUACAACGCUCACUCAAUGUUAAAAAUAAUCUUCGCAAGCUUUGAAAUACUCGACAUCUGAAAAUUACAGUCAAUUGAAUUACAUUUUUUGUAAAAAGAAAUUUUAUUAAAACGAUACAAAAUUUUUUAGUCAAAUUUUACUGCUUUGGUUCGUUAAAAUCUAUUUUUUAAUUGUAUACAAAUCAUGAGUCGUUGCAUGCGACCGGGCCCUAUCACUAGCAAUGGUUACUUAAAUUUUCUGCGAGAAUUCAGAAAGAAAUGCUGUGGUAUGUCGGCAGUGGAGACAGUGCGACAAGGUGCGAAGGCUUGGAAUCGACUCUCCUGUAAACAGAAAGCCAAAUAUCGGGCAAUGGCUUGUAAAAGACCUCGGCGCAAGAAACGUCGCAGCUGUCGUCCAAAGCGCAGGCGUCGCUCAUGCCGGCCUAAACGACGAAAGCGCCGUAGUUGCCGGCCGAAGAGGCGUAAACGAUCCAGCUGCCGAAGAAAGCGUCGGCCAAAGCGUCGUCGUAGUUGUCGCCGUCGGUCGCGACCACGCAGACGUAGAUGUGGUAGAAAGCGUAAACGUUGCAUGAAACCCGGUCCAGUGACAGCGAAUGCUUAUUUGAAUUUCCUACGCGCCUACAGACGUAAACAUUGUGGGCUCAGCCCUCAGGAGACGGUUCAAAAGGGUGCGCGUAGAUGGUGCUCAUUGUCGCCUGAGUGUAAACGGCGUUACAUGCGUCAGGCUUGUAAAAUGUCAAAGAGUAAGCGCAAGAAGAGGAGCGCCAUUUGCCGAUCGUUCCGAAAGAAGAGGCGGUGUUAAAAUCUAUAAGUGAAGCUAAUUAUUGUCUGUCUAACAAAUUGUUAAUGUGAAACUAUGCUAUUUUCUAAAUAAAAAUGUGCAAAAUGAUAGUGUGUAGAAAACAUAA